GCAGAGGUUAUAAAGGGAGGCGGGGGCGCGCGUAGUGUUGAGGAGGCUGCGGGGCUCGUAAUGGGGCAGCUCUUUGCAAAGCUCUUGAGCGUCUUUGGAAGCCGAGAGCAUAAGGUGAUCAUUAUUGGUUUGGACAAUGCUGGAAAAACCACCAUCCUCUACCAGUUCCUAAUGAAUGAAGUUGUCCACACAUCACCUACAAUUGGCAGCAAUGUGGAGGAAAUUGUCUUGCGCAAAACGCACUUCCUGAUGUGGGACAUUGGUGGGCAAGAGACACUGAGAUCGACUUGGAACACCUACUAUUCCAACACAGAGUUCGUUAUUCUUGUGAUCGACAGCACGGACCGUGAACGGUUGACCGUGACAAAAGAGGAGCUGUACAAGAUGCUGGCGCAUGAGGACCUUCGUAAUGCAGCCGUGCUGAUAUUUGCCAACAAGCAGGAUAUCAAAAAUUCCAUGUCUACCUCUGAGAUCUCAAAGUUCCUAACCUUGAGCUCCAUCAAAGACCAUCCAUGGCACAUUCAAGGAUGUUGUGCUCUUACAGGAGAAGGGCUCCCAGCUGGUCUAGAAUGGAUGGUUUCUCGAGUUGCAAGCAAGUGACCUCUGCCAAAGCUCCUGGAGGGAAGACCGAGAGGGACCUUGUGCAUAUUUAUUUCUAUUUUGUACGACUCUCAGGACUUGUGGGACAGUGUUGGGCUCUAUAACUUUACAGAGCCAACAGAACCUAAUUUUAAAUGCAGUAUGCAGACUAUCAUAGAAGGUGGGGAUGAAUUGUGCCAGUACAGAGAAAGAAUGGAAGAUCUGGAAGAUCUCUCUUGUGUUGAACCUUACCAUACAGACAAAGGGAACAUACUUCAUGCCAUUACAGAGGGAUGGAAAAUGGAACACAUUUCUCCAUUCUUGAUAUGUCUUAAAUCAACCUCAUGAACAUAGUUGGAACACAAAGGACAAGGAGUGUUUUCUGCCUUCUCUCCACUCCAAAAUACUUUGCCUUCUUAUUUUGGGAUCAGCAAAAGCCCACCUUGACCUUUGCUUUUUUUUACUCUGGUUUUUCACAAGGUCAAGAAUAAGCCUCUGGAACAAACAUGUCAAAUUCUCCUUAUUCUUCAAGGAUUGCUGCCAUUUCUUUGUGCAUCAUAUGCAACAGAAUAAUCAGGAUGCUGCUGGUCUGCCCAUCUUUCUCAGUCCCUUCGGAUAGACUUCUACAUUUUUAACAAUGCCCAGCUUAUUAAAACUUAGGAAGAGCAAUCUUGGCAGCUGUUUGGUUUUUAAAAUAAAGGAUUUAAUGUAUUUGGACAAGGAACCUGUAGGUAGCUGUGUUGUUGAACUGCACCAUCAGAAUUACCUUGCAGGAUGAAAACAUUGCCUUGCCUUAUUUCAACCCCUCUUCUAUGUGCUAAAUGGGGCAGAUGUGUUCAGGAAUUUGCGCAGACCUUUGAGGAGGUGAUUAUAGCCCAAA